AACUUAUAGGGUAGGUGAUGUGUACCAGGAAGGUUCCUGAGUCUCUAUCCAUGCACUAGUUCCCUCCCACAUUUUCCAACUACAUAAACCCUCUGGCCUCCAAUUUUAUUCUUCACGUCCUGUCAAUCUCACACUCACACAAACACAAACACAAACACAAACAAAAACUCUCCCACAGAAAUCUUCACAAACUUUUCAUCAUACUUGUCUAAACCUAUUCCUACUAAACCUUUGAUUUCCUUCUCUUCCCUCAAUCACCCACCACCUACAACCUGAGUUAAGUAACCAACAACCACCAUGUGUGGCGGUGCUAUCAUCGCUGACUUCAUCCCCCGCCGUGGAGGCCGCCGCCUCACCGCCUCCGAGCUCUGGCCAAACUCAUUCGGCAAGCAAAAUGACUCACAAAUCGAAAAACCUCCCAUUGCUCAUCAACAACAACAACAACAACCAUCCACCUUCAAAAGAUCUCAACCUCACAUAGCUGAGAAACCAAUGAAAAGACAGAGGAAAAACCUCUACAGAGGAAUCCGGCAACGUCCAUGGGGAAAAUGGGCUGCAGAAAUUCGUGAUCCGAGAAAAGGGGUUCGUGUUUGGCUCGGCACAUUCAACACCGCUGAAGAAGCUGCUAGAGCCUACGAUCGAGAAGCUCGGAAAAUCCGUGGCAAGAAAGCUAAGGUGAAUUUCCCCAACGAAGACGAUGAUGGCUACUCUGUUCAAACUCGUCGUUUCAACCCACCGGUUCCACUCCGACCCAAUAUCCCUCCCCUGUUUCAACAACAGUACCGUCACGAUCAGAAUCAUAACCAUAAGAAUCUGAACUUUGAGUUUGGUUAUGAUCUGAACCAAACAGGGUCUUUUCCUCCCCACGUGGGUGGAAUCAGCACUGACUCUGUUCUGGUAUCUGUUGAUGAAAAUUCAGGGUCAGGGUCUGGAUUAGGAUCCGGAACAGGCUCAGAGGGUGGUGGUUACUCACCAAUGGAGUUCAUGGGCUCUGAGCAGAUCGGGAACGGUUACUUUGGCGGUGGUUUGAAGGAGAAGGAAAAGGAGAAAGAAACAGAGCAGAAAACAGAGGUGGUUGAAGAAGCUGAAGCGGCGGCGAAGAACGAAGUGCAGGAGCUGUCGGAUGAGCUGAUGGCGUACGAGAAUUACAUGAAAUUCUACCAGAUUCCGUACUAUGAUGGACAAUCGGUGGCAGAGAAUAAUAGUGUUCAGGAAAGUGAGGUAGGGGAUCUUUGGAGCUUCGAUGAGUGAGAAUUUUCAAGGAUUUUCUCUUCAUCCUCACCAUGACAUGACUUGCUUCUGAGCAUUUUUUUCACUGCAUUUUUUACCUUAUGGAUUGAAUUGUAAAUAGGGUACUUGGUUAUAAUUGUUGCUAUGAGCUUCGACUCUCUUGUUUAUUUGCUUUUAGAACUUAGGAUCAUCAUCUAGUUUCUUUGAAUUGCAAUUUCCUUUUUGGUGCUAUGUUGAAUUGUAAUUUUAAUUUUGCAGGAUGAAGUUAACAAUUUCGAAUUCCAAUAAUUUAUGAAUUUUAAUUUUGCAGGGUCU